CGUCUGUACUCCGUUCAUUCAAAACGAGGCGUGGGGCGGAGCCAGGGCAGUGCUGCUUCUGCUGCAAGUCCAAGAUGGCGGAGGGUCUGACAGCCCAGGAGCAGCUGACAGUAGAAGAGUUUUUCCGAGAACUGAAGAGAAGAGAGCAUCCCAAUGUUGUCUUAGUGUCCCAGAAAACUGCUGUGAAGUUUUUAAUGGCAAGAAAAUUUGAUGUUUCUCGUGCCAUUGAUUUGUUCCAAGCCUAUAAAAAUACAAGAUUAAAGGAAGGUAUCAAUAAUAUUAAUCCUGAUGAAGAGCCCCUAAGGUCAGAACUUCUAAGUGGCAAAUUCACAGUUUUACCUGGAAGAGAUGCAAAGGGAGCUGCUAUUGCCCUGUUUACAGCCAGAUUACACAGACCUGAUAUAACCACACACAAAGCAGUACUGCAGGCUAUAAUUUAUCAACUGGACCGUGCAAUUGAAAGUAUACAAACGCAACGUGAUGGUUUAGUUUUCAUCUAUGACAUGACAAGCUCAACCUAUGGAAAUUUUGAUUAUGAGCUUUGUGUGAAAAUAUUGAAUCUCCUCAAGGGUGCAUUCCCAGCAAGACUUAAAUGCGUUUUUAUUGUCUCUUCUCCUCUGUGGUUUCGUGCACCAUUUGCUGUCCUCAGGCUAUUUGUAAGGGAGAAACUUCGGGAAAGGGUCUGCACUGUGAAGUCUCAUGAAUUGACCAGCCACGUGCCAAUGGAAUCAUUACCCGAACAUCUUGGAGGCUCUUCAAAGUACAAUCAUAUAGCCUGGAUCCAAGCUUGUGUAAAUUCCAGCCAAAGCCAACAGAAUGGAGAUUGCUUGGACAGUCUUUUUAACUCAUAUACGUUGGAUCAAAAUCCUAGCAGUGAUGGACUGAAUUCCAAUUGCACUGAUCAGACAGUGACUGAUAACACCAAGCACGCACACAAUCGUUGCCAUGAAAAUCGGACUAGUAAUUUUCAUAUGAACCCUAAUAGUUUGAGCAAUUUCCAGCAUUGGAAUGGGUCUGUAGUCCGUAUGAACUAUGAAGGCAAUGAAAAAGGAUCAAGUGCCAACACAAACGAUCGAAAGCCUCCACCGCAGUCUGAAACACCUCCAGACACGCCUUUACACAAGCAUGCCUCUGCGGAUCUAAACGUUCCCCCACUUCCUCAAAAGUCCAGACCUUCUCUGACUGAAUUGUCCAUCCAUAUCCCAGACAGUGGUGGAAUGAAUGUUCAGGAACUUGUACAGUAUGUUAAGAAGAAGAAAAAGAAAGGAAUUUAUCAGGAAUACGAAGAAAUUAGGAAAGAGCCACCUUCUGGAACAUUUGAGUACUCCAAGAAGACAUGCAAUCAAAUCAAAAAUCGGUAUAGUGAUGUUCUCUGUUUGGACCAGACCAGAGUUAAAUUAAAUCCGGUGAAUGAUGACGAUGAGAGCUCUGAUUAUAUUAAUGCAAGUUUUAUGGAUGGAUAUAGAAGAAAAAAUACCUAUAUUGCCACACAAGGGCCUUUGCCAAAAACAUUUGGAGACUUCUGGCGUAUGGUAUGGGAACAAAAGGUUUUAAUUAUUGUAAUGACAACAAGAGUUGUAGAACGAGGUAGAAUAAAGUGUGGGCAGUAUUGGCCACUUGAAGCUGGAAAAGCUGAAGAAUAUGGGCAGUAUUUAAUUAGAAAUAUGCGUAUAGAGAUGUUUCAAGACUUCAAGCUCUCUCAUUUAAAAGUUUACAACAAGGAGGCAAAAGAAAGUAGAGAUGUUUCUCACUUUCUUUAUAUGAGCUGGCCUGAUUUUGGUGUUCCAAAGAGUGCUUCAGCCAUGUUGCAUUUUAGAGCUCAAGUUAAGACUCAUCAUGAGGUGGCAGUCCAGGCCAUGGGAUCAGAAUGGAAUCCUCCCAUAGUUGUGCACUGUAGUGCAGGAAUUGGAAGAACAGGUACGUUUUGCACUCUGGACAUCUGUUUGUCCAGGCUUGAAGAUAUCGGUACAGUGGACAUCAACCAAACAGUGAAGAGAAUGAGAACUCAACGUGCAUUUAGCAUUCAAACCUGGGACCAGUAUUAUUUUUGUUAUAUGGCUAUUAUAGAGUAUGCCCAAAGAAGAGGCUUACUGGCUCCUGUGGAGUGGUCCGACACAGAUUUGGAGACGGACAGUGAGUGAGUGAAUGAGAAAAGUUUGGUUAAGACACCGUGGUGUACUUGUUGAUACUGUUACAUUUAUGAUAUAUUGUUACUUAUCAGAUCUUCAGUUUUAAGAGCUUAGAAUAAAAAGCACUGUAAAACUGGUGUCUUAUAAAGUGUAGCAUUAAAUUGGUAAAGAAAUUGCACAUGGGAAUGACAAACUUGAAACCAACAUAUUGUUUGUUUUGUUUUUGUUUCACACUUGUGCUUGAGAAGUGUACAAUGGAAAACUUGAAUGGAUGAUAAAAAAAAAUGUUAAUUUGAAGUUAUAAAUUAUGGCCUCUGUACAGUAAAAUUUUGUGUUAUUUGUGUUUUUUCUCUUUGUCUGAAUUUUUUUUCCUUCCUUUAAUUGUGUUUUUGUACUGUUCUCAGUGAUUGUUUCUUGCAACCCAAAAACCAAAGUUUGUAUCUGCUUUGCUCACAUGGUCUGUUAACAGUUGACACAAGCUCCGUAUAAUGAUGUGUCAUAUUUGUAUUCAUUAUAGCAUUUGUGACAGUCUGAUAUUUAAAUCAGCAUAACAAAAAACUUCUUUAUUUUGGGCUGACAUUUUUAAAAGCUGAAAAUGUCACAUUACUUUCUGUGGGUCACUAAUUCAUGCAAAUGGCCUACCAGUUUGUAAUUCACAUGUAUAAUAAAUUGGCCUUAACUCUAGUCUUUCAAGCUGCCGUAAUAGAAACAUUUAAAGACACAGUUGUUCACCUUGACACUACACAUUGCAGUGGUUUGUCUAGUGACCAACACUGCCUUACAUAGAUAUAUAGAUAUAUAUAUGUAUAAAUAAAUAAUAUAUAGACAUAAUAUGUGCCUUCAACUUGCCUGUAGAACAUUUGUCUAUAAUGCAGACUAGCAACUGACAUAUAUUUGCGUUAAAGGUUUGAAUAUGUUUGUAAUCUCAGGGGUAAAGCUUAUUGUUGCUAGUUUUUUUUUUUUUUCU